ACAGCCUAUCAACAAUUCUAAAUGGCGUUCGGCCUGCUAUAGCAGUAGUUUUUUGUUCACCCUCUACUGAAAAUAGAGAAAUAAAACUGCAAAUAUGAAUUUUUCAAGAAAUUUCUCGACUGGAAUGUCUUAUCUAAGACGUCGCUUUUCAUCAAGCGACUUACAAGAAGACAUUCAGAACGAGGAGGAAGAGCAGCAAAGACAGUCAAGAACUAGCUGGACAACUCAGCCAAAGAAACAUGGCCCUUCUCCGUCAGCGCCUACAAGUCCUAGUCGUAACCAUCCACCGUCAACAUUCGGUAGUGUUACACAAAAGCUUUAUAAUGCAGCUGCAUCGGCCGCAAAUAGGGCUGCAACUGCGGCUAGUACUGCUGCACAGUCUUAUAAUAAGGAACGCUGCAGAACUUUACUUAUAAUAGAUGAUGAACAUACCGACUGGUCGAGAUAUUUUAGAAACAAGAAACUACCAAACGAUUAUGAUAUUAGAGUUGAACAAGCCACAUUUGGAGAAUUGAAUUUAUCUGCUUAUUCGGAUCAAGGAGCAGUUGUUGAUAUUAGAACAACAAGACAAGGUGGAAAAGUCGUUAGGAGUUUUAAACCAGAUUUUGUCCUAAUAAGGCAAUAUGUUAGAGAUGCUCACACAGAUUGGCGAAAUUUAAUCAUCGGUUUAAAUUAUGGUGCAGUGGCUGCUGUUAACUCUUUACAUAGUUGUUACCUAUUCUUGGAUAGGCCUUGGGUGUACUCCAACUUAAUUGAAAUUCAACGGAGAUUAGGAAAGGAACGAUUUCCUCUAAUUGAACAAUCAUAUUAUCCAAAUCAUAGAGAGAUGGUGAGUAAUUUAUGGCUCGUACCACCAAAGUUUCCAUCUGUUGUUAAAAUGGGUCAAGCCCAUGGAGGAGUUGGUAAACUUAAGGUUGACGAUCACCAUCAAUUUCACGAUGCUGCCUCUGUAGCUGCACUAGCUGAUUGCUAUUCAACUGUUGAACCUCUAGUAGAUACGAAAUAUGAUUUAUAUAUCCAGAAAAUUGGUCAAAACUAUAAAGCUUUUAUUAGAAAGUCAAUUUCGGCUAAUUGGAAAGCUAAUACCGGAUCUGCAAUGUUGGAACAGAUACCGGUUAACGAAACUUUUAAACUAUGGGCAGACGAAGUGAGUAAAUUAUUUGGAGGUUUGGAUAUUGUACGUGUUCAAGUUGUUUGCGGUCAAGAUGGAAAACAUCAAAUUAUUGAUAUUCAAGAUAGCGCGAUGCCCCUAUUAGGUGAGAGUCAAGAAGAAGAUCGCCAGCAUAUCGCGCAACUGGUUAUAGCUAAGAUGAGCGCAAUAAGACGAACCAGCUCUAUCUCUACUCCUAUUUCAAAUAUCGUCCAAAAUCGAGAACAGCAACAGCAACAGCAACAGCAACAACAACAACAGCAACAACAACAACAGCAACAACAGAAACCAUUACCUAAUCAAAUGCAAAAGGUUCCUCAGCAACCUCAACAGCAGCAGCAACCCCCGCAGCAACAACAGCAACAGACGUCUCAUCCUCUUCCCAAUGAACACAGAUCGCCAAAUCCCCCUUUGCAGAGAAGCAAUACUCAACCAACCCAAUCUCGAAUGCAAUCUCAACCCCCGCCCCAACCACCUCCUCAACAGCAGCGAGGCCAUCCAAAUCCUCAGAACGCAGGACAGGUUCAAAGAUCGCCUCAUCAACAGCAACAACAAAUGCAUAGAUCUUUAAGCCAAUCGGCCCAACCUCCUCGACAAGGUCAAGGUCCUAACCAAGGUCCGAUUCAUCCUCAAAUGCAACAAAGAGCCGGUGGUCCAAUGCAACAAGGCCGACCGGGAAUAAGAGACGGACAGUAAGUAGAUUAACGAAGUGUAUAAUGUAAACUCUAAGUCUAAAUAUAUCAGUUUAAAAUGUAGAUAAUCAUUGUAAAUAGAGAAAUAGCCCUGAAGUAUUAUCAUAUAUUACUUAGUGAAAUAAACUGAAAAGUCACCUACGUGGCGGAACUAUAAGAAACGAUUCCAAGCAAAUGUCUAUGUAUAUGAUAUCUAUAAUCAUACUUUAUAUAUGCACUCUAUUCGCUCUAUAUACUUUAUAUAUAUACAGUAUAUUACAAUAUUAUAAUUAGACUUUAUCUAACCUUAUUCUUAUUUCUACUAUUUACUUCCUUCGAUUUCUUUCUCCUUCUCUUAUCAAGUACUACUUAUGUUGAUAAUAACAUUUUUAAACAAAAUCACUGUUUUCUCACAAAUUAUAAAAUUUAAUUUUCAGUAAUCAGCCGCCACAACAGAGAGCUGCGCCACCUACAGCAGCAGAAGUAGAAGCAGCCGCAAGAGACAUGGAAGAGUCUGAAGAUGGCGACACCAUGAAAAAUUUACGAAAAACCUUUGCUGGUAUUUUCGGCGACAUGUAAGGUCAUUGAAAUUGCCUUAAAAAGAAAAAAAAAGACAUUAAACGAAGAAAGAAAGAACUGGGAAGAAGAUUAAGUGAAAUUUAAGUAGAAAUAUAGGCAAAACAAAAUAAUUAUAAUAUUAAUAUUAAUAAUGCAUUCUAGAAUUUUAAAUUUUAAAUUUAACUCCUAAUGAAUAAUUAGUUAGAGAAUAGAUUGUUAGGAUAAUUCGUCCAAUUUGUUUGCAGAUGAUUAUUUAAACUGGAAAAAAGAAAAUGUUCUGUAAAGUUAAAAAAAAAGUUGAAUUAGUUAGUAGUAUGUUAUAUAUAUAUAUAUAUAUAUAACAAAAUGGCUGAUAAAUGCAAGGUUAUAUAUCUAUUGUGAAUAUGUCUAUAAAAUUUAAAAAGAAAAGAAAGAGAAGGAAGUAUAAAAUAGAUGAAAGAGAGAAUAAAAUUUGUCUUCUUAUUUCAUUAUAGACUCUUUCUUUACUUUUCUCUUUCUUCUUAAUUUAAUCAAUUAUCAUUGCUAAGAGACAAAAAUUCAAAAAAAACAAUAAAAUAUUUCAAAGCAUCUAAUUAUAAUUUGUUUAAUGAUAUCAUCACAUUCCUCCUAUCUUCUGCAUCUCUCUCUCUCUCUCUCUCUCUCUCUCUCUCUCUUAAAAUUUGCGCUCUCGAAGAUCAAGUUGAAAAUUCUCCUAUCGUUCUGUUCAAGUAGCGAUUGAAUAGCUGGAUAAUUUCCUUUAUUUAUAAAUUGUAUUAUUUUUAUUUUCUUCUCUAAAUACAAUCAAAACAAAAACGAUAGUUAUAGAUCAAUGCUAAUCACUAACAAAGAUACAAAGAGACAUCUUAAAGUUGGCAAUAACAUAUAUUUUUUAUUUCUCUAUCGUCAACGCAGUGUGAUUGAUUUCCGUAAGAAUUAAUGCGACUAAAGUCACUUAUGAUAGUAUAUAAUUUCGUAUCUUGCGUAUAGCUAAUUAGCACCUCAAAAAUACCAUCAGAUGGCGCAACAAGAACAGUUAGUAGUAUUUUAGUAACUUUAGUUUCUUUUGUAGAAAGUUGAACAGCUUUUAAUAUUGAUUUGAGCUUUAAUUUCGAGCAUUUCUUAGUUACGUUAAAAGUCUUUAAUCUUUUAUUCAUCGAUUGAACAAUUAGGUUUGCCCCUGUUUUCGCCAAUGUAGUAUUUUUCGGUAUGAUAACAUUUGUCAUACAUAAACAUUCAACAGGCUUCAAGGGUGCAGUUUUGCAACUUCUCUCUUCUGAUAUUUCAGUAAAAAGUGAUUGUCCGUUGCCUUCUCUUUUCGGUAUUUGACUGUCGUUCCUAUAAGUCAUAUUGUUUAAAUGAAGAAUAUGGAACAUUGUCUGGUACAGAUCGUAUAACGUUGUUAAACGUUUAGUAUUGAUAUUCAAUGCCUCAUAGUACUCUGGGUAGUGUUUUUCAAAGUUUUUCGGUGGAAUAACGUACAUAAAAGGCAUAUGCUGCUCUAAACGUCCAACAUAUGUCUGACGAAAUUCACCAUAUCUAAUACCAUGAUCAGAGAAGAAGAAUACAAAAGAAGUUUCAUGUAGGCCCUUGUCAAUAAUCGUCUUAAAAAAUUGAUAGUAAUCAUUCGAUACAGAUGAAAGCCCAUUAAAAUCGGCGUGAACAUGAUGGCUUUGAUGGAUAUGAGCCCAUAUAGGUGAACCAUUAUUCACUCGAAUAAUAUCAAAAAGAUAAUUAUGAAUAGCUUUAAUACUUGAAGUUUCACCAUAACAUGUAUCGGGUACAGCUUUUUUUCUUAAUCUACCAUUCUCAGCAACCAAUUCAAAUGGCUUAGACCAGUAUUCAAGAGGUUGUUGAUCAAAGCCUUUAACCAUAUAAUUGUAAGUACCAAUUUCUGGUCUAUCCUCUCCAAUAAAUCUUAAAUAGCCUUUCUCACCGAAAUCUUUCCAGAUAAAAUUAAUCUUAUCUAAGUAGCUAUUUGUCUUGAAGUUUUUUACUUGCUCAUAAGGAAAACCAGUCAACAGCCCAAGGAAAUUGCGCAAUGUUGGACCAUCAAUUUUAAGUUGACCUUUCAUUUCGAAAGCAGACAUAUUUUUAGUAAUAAGAUCGACAACAUCUGGCAUGUUCCUCUUUAAGGAAUUCGACGAUAUAGAAUCAAUGGAUAUAAGCAGAAUGUGAGGUUGAUUGUUUACGCUCUGUUUGAUAAGAGGUUCUUUAACCAAAGCUUGAGUAUGGAAGUUUUCGUAUAAAAGCUUUUUAGCUCCUUCGCAUUUUACUUGAAUAAAUUCAUAAUCAAUUUGUUUUCUUUGCUUAUAAUUAAAUUUUUUCCAUUCACCAAUAAUAGGACUAUUCUCAGAACCAGUUUGGCGUUUGAUAGACCUAUAAUAACAUUUCGCCUUCUCUGAAGUUAAUUUUUUAAUCCCUAAAUCGCUUAUUGUUAAGAAUCCAUCAUUAAGGAAUGUACAAUUAUUAAUUAAAUUUCCUUUUAAACAGUUUACUGGAGGUUUUUUUUUAAAGAAAUAUUGAGCUUCAUAACUCCAAAUGGGUACAUAAGUAAUAAUACAACCAGAGGUGUUCAGUUGUAAUUCUGUUGUCAUACUUUUCCUAUUCAAUUCGCUUGUAUAUAUGGAUAUAAAAGAUGCAGAAGGAAAAUUUAUAGAAAGUAACCGAUCGGCCAUUAACAAUAUAAUGGAGCAUAAGGAUAAUACUAAACAAAUUAGAAAGAUUGUCUUUUUACGACUCGUCUGACUUGCGCGUUUUGUUACAAACAUUUUCGUUCAUGUAAGAGCAGCUUCUUUCUGAAAAAAUAAGAAUAUGUUCCAUAAAUUUAGUAAUUUUUUAAUAAACAAACAUCUGUUACUAAACACUCGAACGCCUUCACCGACUCGCAAAUACUACAAUGAGUUUCUGUUAAGCAAUACGUCUAUUUUUUAUAAUAUAAAAAGUGUUCUCUAUGAACCGAUGUAUCAGAAAGUAUUUCACAAAUCAUUUCUCUUCUAAUGUAAAUAUUAAAAAACAACAUCUUGUUGAAACUUAUUGAACAAUCGGAAAAAUGAAGACAUAAACAAACAAGAGAAAUAUGUUUUCUCUUAGGCCUGCAGUCCUACACCUUUUCAUCUAAUUAUAAAAGAGAAUACGGCUUUUAUUCACAAUUGAAGACCAAAUAAACAAAGUCAACUUUAAGGAAUUGUUAUUUAUCCUUUAUACUCUAGUCUCGUAUUUGUGAGUCUGUUAGACAAAAGAUAGCCUCUUUUUCGUAUAACGUGUUUUAAUCAAAUACAAUCUGGUAUAUUAGAAGAAUGGUUGAAUAGUUGAAAAGAGAGCACAAACUUAAAGAAUCUAUUGGUUUUCUUCCGUUUUCCGGA